AGAUACGACUGCCGGAGCACUCUUAUCAGUAUUCUUCUUCUUUAGCACUUCUCACGUCUGACAGCUUUCACUGCUGUUCUCGCAGGUUCUCUCCUCCACAUCUGUGCUCCUCUCCCUCUUUUGCGUUCUCUCCAAUGCAAGCGCUUCGACUUCUUGUCCUCUGUGCCCUGGCGCUGGUGAUGGCGUUGGUGGCUACUCAACCCAUCGUCGCCCACAAGGAAGCCUCUCGCGUCGUGGAGCUGAACAGCGACAACUUCGAGGAGUACGUGCACGGUCCCAUGAAGCACACCUUUGUGCUGUACUGCGUGACGUGGACUCGUCAGUGCCAAACCAUGCGAACCUUGUGGGACCGCCUCUCCAUUAGUCAGUCGUCAAAGGAGUUGCGAGACGUCUUCACGGCGGGCUACGUGGACGGUGACAAGUAUCCUGACAUUAUUGAGAAGAUGAACGUGCAGGGCUUCCCCACCUCGAUCUUCUACACCCCCAUCUACCCAGACGGUGUGGAGUACGAUGGGUCUUCCGAGUCCUACUUGAUCGACAGUUUCGUCUUCCAGUUCUCGUAG